UUACAGGAUGAUGCAACGCAAGAUCGAUUUCGUAUUCGGGGGGACUCCCCUUUUUUUUAGCUGACAAGGCAUUAACAAAGUUUUCACUUUCGAUCAAUUUACUAAAGGGAGUCUUUAAAGUAGACGUCAACAGUUACUUACGAUAGUAUUCCCGUGCGUGUGCAUUGAACGACGAACGACGAACGACUUUCAUUAUGUGGUUGUCUUGCUCCAUUCAUUCACUUCUCGUGUUCGCCUUCUUAGUUCUUAUAAUGAUGGGCACAGCGGCGGAUAAGAGCGCCGUUUUGACCUUGAAAGAGAAUUCAGCAGAGAACAUUGAAGGUUGCUAUGGCCUCGCUUUGUGUUUCGUCAUAAACGAGACAUUUGUUCAGUUGAAGAGCAACGAUAACAGAACGUUAGCUCACUUCAGGGACCUACAGGAUGAAAUGUUUCUCUUUCAAGUACUGGACGAUGUGUUUCUCGGGUAAGUCUUGAAUACGUAAAUGCGUUUGAAGACAUAAUUAUAAGUGGGUUAAAAUUUACUCUUUAGGAAUCAAGUUUGCGUCAAACGCGAUAACUAAGCUAGUAAGCGGUGUAGUUGCUGAAAUGAAAGUAUUUGAAUUUGCCGUAACUGACGGGUUAGUUUUUUUGUUCUCUUUUUCUGUCUGGCUGAUUUGGGUAACAGAGUAAACUCAAAGGGGAUUUUAUUUUGACCAUUCUCUACUUGUAGUUGCAGUCAAAAAUACGUAGUGCUAAAAUCCACGCAAUAAUGGCAAGGGAUUCAUUAAACUACUUUCGGUCUGGCUCAGUGAACGCAAACAAAGGAAAUGAACAGACAGACUUUUUCAGAUCCCUUUGUGCGUUUCUUCCGAGCUUCAAAGCAAAAAGAAAAAAAUUAAAUAAGUGGAAAGAAACUUUUUGUCCUUGCAAUUGUCGAAGUAAUUUUAAGCAUCUCGAACGCCUGAAACAAAAAUAUAGUUGAUCUUUAGAUGAUUCGUCUCAAAUUCAAGUUUGAUAUUAAAAUGAAACGAAACGUGUCUUAAGUGCUAAGCUAAAAUUGAGGCCACGAAUAGACGUAACCCACACGUCACAAAAACGCCUCAUUUCUUCUCAACAAGGACUUACCAGGAGGAAACUUUUGGUCUAAUUUAGAAGUCCAAAAACUGUAGUCUGUCGAGCAAUGAUUCUUGCUGUAUGUUUAAAAAUCAGGUUAGCGCAAAGCGCGCGUCGACCAGCCACUUUACGCAGCCGGUAAGUGCGAGUUACUUGCAUUCCGUGUUUAUCUGAAAAAAAGGUGAAAGCUACAUUUGGUGACGUGGCUGCAUUUAAUUUUGCAUGUCGGAAAAUACCUCAAGUGACUGAUUUUAAUUUUGUACCCUUUCAACAGGGAAAAGUCGUCUAAAUUUCCUGUGCAUCUCAAUGCAAGCCAAAGCAACCUACAUGACAAUACCUGGAAGGAUAUCUUCUACUUGGAACACAAACAUCUCAUGACAAACCGAGAUUCAUUUGCUGACAAAUUCCAUUCGGCAUUGGACCGGCUGAAGAACACAACGAAGCUUGUGUUAUUGCACCACCUGUCGACUCAAUUGAAAAAGAACGUAGGUAACCACCCACUCUUGAUGCGGUUCCACAUGCUUGCCAUGACUUUAGAAGCAAAAUACGGCUCUAAUGACAGCGUUGUCCCUGAAAGACGAUGGAGCAAUGAAGAUGGACGAUACAAAGAAAGGAAGACCAAGUUUGGACACGUUCGAAAGAAAAGAACACUUUUUCAAGAAGAGAAUUCUUGUCAAGAUUUGAGGUCUGAUCCCAAUAACAACGAUUGUCUAGGAAUGUGCGGCUACGGAUGUUCAUGUUGGUAUUUUAUUUGUGGCAAUUGUUGCCAAAAUCGGCUUUGCUUUGAACAUGACAAAUGUUGUCGACAUGACAUGUACACCAUAAACUGCCUCAUUCCGAUUGUUCACUCAUUGAGCUGUGAAGACGGGUAUGGUGGCUACCCCAGCUGCUUACAAUGAGUACACUUCACACUCCGCGCAGACAGAUUCCCGAAGGAGGGAGGGAAGGGGGAAGGAGGUAGUGUCAACCUUUGCUGAGUAUGUGCCUCUGGCCUUUUAGAACCUCUACCCCAUUAUAGUAUAUUCUGUUGCCAAUUAUAGACCUUAUCUUAGCUACCUUUAGUAAUACGGUCACAACAAUCUGCACAUUUUUAAAUCCCUAUUUACCAAAAUUUUCUUACACCCAAAAUACCGAAAAUGCGCGGUCCCAACUAGUGGUGAAAAUGCGACUUAGUCCAACGGCACGUCUCCAUUAGCCUCUUUCUAGAAAGUACCGCGUCCCGAUUACCUUUUAACUGUGUAACUGCUGAGCGCGUGCUCAAACUAGUUUUGUAGAGUGGAGAGUGUUUUGCAUUGCAUAAGCACGAACACAACUUGUUAACCUAAACAUUUAAGGGAGGUCGGCUGAAUAUAUACUGUUCAACUAAAAACCAGAUCUUACUUGUCAAAUUAGGAGCUUUUCCCCACGUGAAGCUCAUAUAGGGACCAAUCUGGAACAGUCACUAUUUACCACGUGACCACCCAUAAGGCUAUGAAUUAUUCUUAUGCUCCCCUUAUGCUCCCCCAUCCCCCC